CUGUUGUUCUUGAUACAUACUUAUUUCAUCAAGCUCAAUUAUUUUCCUACAAUCAGUUUUAAUGUUGAUUUUGUAUUUAAAAGAUUGGUGUUCGUCCUGAUAUAAACAAGCAUAUAGUGAAAGAAUUAAUAUUUUAAUAUAUAGUGAAUGUAUACCUACAUAUGUACUAAGUAAAUAGAUAGUUUGAAUUGAUUUUUAACACAAAAAUCAGCCGGAAAAAAAAUAUCUACAUAUUAACUUGCAUAUUAUAACAUAGGAUAAAAACACUGCCACCAUUUAAAAAAAAAAUACCUGUAUUAGCGGGAGUGAGCAUCAAAAAAUAAUCAAAGCAUCAACCCUAAAUUCCAAAUUUCUACCACUUAGGAUACCCACUUUAAAAUUCAAGACUUUUUUUCUUUAAACAUGAGCAUUCCAAGUGAUAUUAAUAUUGAUGGACCAAGAUAUGAUCCCACUACCUAUGUCAACAGAGCUAAGCAUUUUUUUUUAUUAACAAAUCCCCUAAAUUUAUUGGCAUCAAAUGCUGAAUUAGAAAGAGCUAAAGCAAUUGUUCAAAAAUAUCGCAAUAAAGAAUCUGUUCCAGAAUGUAAGACUGUAGAUGAUUUAUGGAAAGCAAAAUAUUUGUAUGAUUCGGCAUUUCACCCGGAAACUGGUGAAAAAUCUAUUUUAAUUGGAAGAAUGUCAGCUCAAGUACCUAUGAAUACUUUGAUUACAGGAUGUAUGAUGACUUUUUACAAAACAACCCCAACUGUUAUAUUUUGGCAGUGGGUAAAUCAAACAUUUAAUGCAGUUGUCAACUAUACAAAUCGAUCUGGAGCAGAUCCUGUACCAAAAGAACAAUUAGUUAAAUCAUACUGUUUCGCAACGGGUGGUGCUUUAGCUACUGCAUUGACAUUUAAUCGUUUGGUAAAGAAUUUGAACCCAUUAAUUGGAAGACUUGUACCUUUAAUAGCGGUUGCGUCUGCAAAUUGCAUAAACAUUCCAAUGAUGAGAUCAAUUGAACUUGAGCAAGGAACAACAAUAUAUGACGAAAAUAACAAUAUAUUGGGUCAAUCAAAAAAUGCAGCACGUACAGGAAUUACAGCAGUUGUUUUAAGUCGAAUAUCAAUGGCUUUUCCUUCGAUGUUGGCAUGUCCUAUUUUGAUGGAACGUCUGUCACGCCGAGGAUUCUUCGUAAAAUAUCCAUGGGCUCCUGCACCAGUUCAAACCCUAUUUUGUGGAUUUGUUUUGAUAUUUUCCACGCCUUUAGGAUGCGCUUUCUUUAAGCAAUGGGCCUCAAUUGACGUUUCUAAGCUAGAAAAGGAAGUUCAAGAAGAAAUUAGAAAAAAGAAUCCAGAAAUAAAAACUGUUUAUUACAAUAAAGGACUAUAAAAAGAAAAAACUAAAAA